AUAAAAGAUCAAAAAUCACUCUCUCUCUCUCUCUCUUAUUGAGGUGUUGACUACUAUCGUUUACAACUGUUCUUCUGAGAAGAAGAGAGAGAGAGAGAGAGAAUGGGAUGGUUUCCAUGCUCUGGAACUUCAAAGAAGAAGAAGAAGAAGCGGAAAUCUCUCGAUCCGAUUCAAUCUUCUACAGAGAGUGUUAGGUCAAAUCCGUUGUUCAAAACAAAGGAAGCGGUCAAAGAUGGGGGAUCGGAUCAUCUUGCGGCCCAAACAUUCACGUUUCGUGAACUGGCAGCUGCAACUAAGAAUUUCAGAGGUGAUUGUCUUCUUGGAGAAGGUGGUUUCGGUAGAGUAUAUAAAGGGCGACUCGAAAGUUCAAAUCAGAUUGUAGCAAUCAAGCAACUGGAUCGAAAUGGGCUACAAGGAAACCGUGAGUUUCUAGUAGAAGUGUUGAUGUUGGGUUUACUUCAUCACCCGAAUCUUGUUAAUUUAAUUGGUUAUUGUGCCGAUGGAGAUCAAAGGCUACUGGUUUAUGAAUACAUGCCUCUGGGAUCUUUGGAUGACCAUCUUCAUGACCUGUCGCCCGGUAAAAAACGACUCAAUUGGAAUACCCGAAUGAAAAUUGCGGCUGGAGCUGCUAAAGGGCUCGAGUAUCUACACGAUAAAGCUAGUCCACCUGUAAUUUAUCGUGAUUUAAAAUGCUCAAACAUAUUACUCGGUGAAUCAUACCACCCGAAACUAUCGGAUUUUGGGUUGGCAAAACUUGGGCCGGUCGGGGAUAACACACAUGUUUCUACGCGUGUCAUGGGUACCUACGGUUACUGUGCCCCGGAGUAUGCGAUGACCGGACAGUUGACCUUAAAAUCAGAUGUUUAUAGCUUUGGUGUUGUGCUUUUGGAGAUUAUUACAGGCCGGAAAGCCAUUGAUAACUCUAAAACCGGAGUGGAGCAAAAUUUGGUUUCAUGGGCGAGACCGUUGUUCAAAGACCGAAGAAAGUUCAGCCAGAUAGCGGAUCCGGGGCUGCAAGGUCAGUAUCCAGCAAGGGGUUUGUACCAGGCACUUGCGGUUGCAGCCAUGUGUGUGCAGGAGCAACCGAACAUGCGUCCGGUUAUAGCCGAUGUGGUUACGGCUUUGAGCUACCUUGCUUCACAGAAAUAUGACCCUGAAAGUCAACCGAUCCAGAACGCUUUAUGGUCACCUACCACACCUCCUAGAUCAAAACGAGACAAUGACAAGAAACAGAACGGCGGUGGUGGUGGUAGCGGUAGCGGGAGUGGGAGCGGCAGUGGAUCGGAGAAAAAUCGCGCCAAACGGCAUUUUUGAUUUUCAGGGGCAAUGCCACCCUUUGGUCCUCAUUUCUAUGAACUAUGAACUAUACUGAGAUUUCCGGUAGAGUAGGUACGAGUUUGAAAAACUACCCAGAUCGCGGUUGAUCGAAUGGACGUCUAUUUUUGUUGGUGGCGGGUGACGGUGGUGGGUUUAGCAUGAGGUUUUUGUUGUUAAAGUGUAGAUGUACUUGUGUAUGUGUUAUAUGUUAUUAACCUGUCCAUCUAGUAUUUAUUAAUGUUGUUAUAGAAAGUCUUUUGGGAAUAUAUAUGAUACCCCCCUAUAAAGAAUCAUCUGUUUACUAGAUUGCUGUUCAAGUAUGAUGUACAGAUCAUAUGUAACAGAACAUCUAUUUUACUUUUAUCUGAGAAAGAUUUGUAGUUUGUAA